AAUAUUCUCUUUCCGUUUUUAUAAUUAUACUUUUCUUCAAUGUCGACAUAUUUUUCACAAGUAAAGAUAUACUCGAUUAUUUGAAACGUAUAUAAAGAUUUCAACAUUCCCAAAAAGGUUUAUUUCAGUGUUGAAUAUAAUAAAUUUUGAAGUAACAAAUUGGCCAAUAAUCUCUCUCCAAAACAGUUUGAAAGUACCCAAAUGUAUUUAUGGCAAAAUGUGAAGGAACAGAUUUUCUCCAUGAAAUGAUCUUAACAUAACUAUUAACAGAAUCACGUAAUUUUUAAGCUGUAUGAUCAUAUCUUUGCUCUUGUAUAAUAAACUAUUUAAAGCUCCGACUAGGAAACAUUAUGUGCAGUUGUUGAACAGAGUUCUUGAUUGCUUUGUCAGAAAAAAGUAACUCUGCGUUUGUUCACAAAAUUUAGAAGAGUGUGAAGAUUCUCCAUUUGCCAACUUCUUAUGAUCAAAGAUAUCGAAACAAAGUAGGUUUCUGCAUCUAAUUGAGCUUACAUAAGGAUUCGUUUGUCAAGUUGCAGAAGGACCAACCACUCGCUGAGGAAUAUAAUAUAAGUAUAUAACACUUGGUCUUCGCAAGAAAAUGCUUACCCUUCCCUUUCUUUUUUUUUAUUCCCUACAUAUUCGUGGAAAGCUACUGUGAUGAUAGUUUACACUGUCUAGGGGCAACGUGUUUCAAGUAUGGCCUUGUUAUCUUCAUAUAUAAGAAGAAUGGAAGCCCAAUAUAUGGAAUAAAAUCCAACAAAUCUUUACUCAAGUGUAACUUUUCAUAUAUCACCAAAGUAAAGAUGCAGAGUAUCCCUCCCAUAUUGAGUAACAACCAAUUCAUUCAGAUGUUCCUGUAAACGAAUCACUGUACAGCUAAGGAGAUUCCCCCAAAGCUCAAACUUAAGUACUGUACGUGGGGGAUAUCUGUGUAAUUACUACCAUUUUAACACCUCUUGCCCUAAGGCAAAGAAAAAGAAAAGACGAUGCGAAUAUAUACACUGUGAAUGGACUACUUGCAGUCAGAAUCCCGUAAGCAACUUGAACCCUAUAUAUAUCUCUGGAAUAUAUUAUGCGCCAACCAGCCUCAUGAUUAAGAUUCAUUUACAUGGUUUGAACUUUUCUUUCUUGUAACGUAAGUUUUAUACUCUAAUCUAUUCAGCUACCACAACCAGGAGAAAUAUCUAUAACCAGGAGUAGCACAAAUGCAAGUAUCUCCAAGAAGAGUGAUACAAAGAAGUUACAGGUAAAAGUCAUUAACAGUAAAUGCAACACAAGUUUUCAAAAUCCACCAAGAAAAGUAACUGUUUAACCAACUGAAGACCAAAUAUGCAAAUGAAUGACCAAGCAAAAGGCAUAGUUGGCAAACUUCCAAGGUAGAGUUGACCCCUUUUCACAUCAUAUUUGAUUUGAUGUAGCUUGAAAUAAAUGGCCAAAAAAGAUCAUAGUUGACAAUCAACAAUAAAGUUUGAUCCCCCAACUUCAUUUCCUGCAACGACUUUAAAAUUCAGAAGAACCUUUUGGUAGCUUGUCCCAUUGAUAAGAAAUCUUAAUAGCCAAUUAAUGUGAUCCAGUUUAUCUGCAAUUUAUUUUACUGUUCUAGUCAAAGAACUAACAGAGAAUUUUCUCCGGAGGACAGAGUUUUCCACAAAGUAGAUGAAUAUUGACAUAUAAUUUACUAACUUCCCUAACCUUAAUCUAGAACAUAGCUCAUCUCUAACUGACUUGGCAUGGUAGAUAAGUAAUCACGUACAGCAAAUCUUCCUGCCUAGCUUCAAACUCAAAAUGUAAUAAGGAAAAAAGAACUUAGAACCAAAGUAUUAUAAGUGAUUUGUUCGGAUCUUUUAGAUACUGAUCUCCACCAAUAUUGGCUGAUAUUCUCUUUUACUGCUCGCUAGGCGAUUCCUAUGGAGACAUGGACUUUAAAUUAUCUUCAACUCCACAAGAUAUUUGUAUUAACAACUGGCACUAUCCAAACUCAUCUUACAUCUUCUUCUUUAUAAAAAGGAAGCCUUCUGGAGCAUAAGUGCACAUAUCAUCCUCUUGACUUGCAAUCUUCCCAUCCAUAAAAAAAAAUCUCUUAUCACAAUGGCAUCAAGCUCAGUGUCUUCUCACAGCUCUGGUUCGUGGACAGCUAAGCAGAACAAAGCCUUUGAGCAGGCUCUAGCAACCUAUGACCAGGAUACUCCUAACCGAUGGCACAAUGUUGCCCAAGUUGUUGGUGGAAAAACAACGGAAGAGGUAAAGAGACACUAUGAACUCCUUGUGCAAGAUAUCAACAGCAUUGAGAACGGUCUUGUCCCGUUCCCAAACUACAACACCAAUGGCAGGCUGUUUCAGGAAGAAAAGAGGAUGAGAAAUAUGAGGCUGCAGUGAAUAAAGAAGAUACACUGAUCGGUUCUUCUCUCAGCCAUCCAUCUCAAUUGGCAAAUUGUUGUUUACUUUCCCCCAAAAGCUUAGACGCUACCAAAUCUCUCAGAUACCUCAAAUCUUUAAUCAUUCAAGUUGUGUUAGGUUUAUUUUGUAAUGAAAAGUCCAACUUCAUGAUGAAUCAUUGUCUUUUAACUAUUGCUGAAAAUAAAGAAGAAAGUCUCGGUCACA